GAUGACCCUGUUGACGUCGAUUAGUUGUGCGGGAAAAAAUUACAUUGGUUGCUGCCUUUCUUAGAACAAGUCUGCAAGGCUGGCAAUGUAACCUUUGCAUGAAAAAGACAACAGUUGAUGAGGUAACCUUUGCUUGCACACAGACACAACGGCGUUUAAAAUGUUGCAUUGCUGUUGUAUUAAUAUAACAUAAGCAUUAACGCUAUCAUUAAAUUGAAAUUUUGUUGUUUAGAAUAGUUUAUACUAUGUAUACGAAUAACGUAGGUUAUAACUCAAAAUCAAUUUUUUCUGGAAUUCAAACAUAAUGGGUCAGCAAGUUGGUAGAAGGAUCUUAGGCCACGAAAGAAACAACAGAUAUGACAAUUCCUUCUGUAAUUCAAACCAGAAUUCAAAGCUUAAUGUUCUAAAUCGGUUGUUGAAGAACCGACAUGGUAGUUUUGGAAGUUCCACGUUGAAUAACUUUGUGGAUCUCGAUCUUCUGCCUCCAGAACUGGGAAUCCAGAUCCUUCAAAAUCUCAAUGCAACGGAUCUUUGUCUUGCAUCAUGUGUGUGGACAGACCUCGCCAAUGAUGAACGUUUAUGGGAAGGGUUGUGUUUAUCUUCAUGGGGAUUCUGUAGCGCAUAUCGAACUUGGAAACAACAAGGAAAGUCUUUUAAGAGAUUAUUUCUUUUACUUGAUGAAGGGAGCUUGACAUUUAAUACGGAACCAGAAUGGGGUAUUCGGUACUUUGUCGAUAACCACAUUCUAAACGACCAACCUGAAGACAUCGCUAUGUUCAUUCACUCAACUAAUCAACUUUGUUGGAAACAAGUUCGAAUUUAUUUAAGAAAAAGACAAGAUGUUUUCUUUGAAAUAUUUAAACGACAAAGUUUCAAAAAUCAAUUUCUACCAAAUGCUCUCAGGAAGUUUUUCAAUGCAGUUGACUCUCCCACCACACAAAGUGAAUACCUCAGUUCACUUAUUGAAAAGUUUUCAAUUCAGUUUUGUGGAGAUAAUCCUGAUUUAGGGUUGGAGCCAGAUGUAGUUUGCAUCCUCUGUUAUUCUCUCCUUCUCUUAUCUGUGGAUCUCGCGAGUCCUCACGUAAAGAACAAGAUGUCGAAGCGAGAGUUCAUCCGAAACAUCCGGCGAGCAUUGGAGAUGGGGAACAAUGCUGCAGCCAGGAGACCACGAGAACCAAUUGAUCGUGACUUUGCCGGCCACUUGUAUGAUAAUGUGUAUCUGGUUGGCCAUGUUGCACCACAACGUUGGGACGAUGUAUCGCGUAGGCCUGUCACGCACCAAUGAGAUUCUCAAUCUUGACAAAUUUGAACUAGAUGUAAACAAUCUUUCCUGCACAAAACACAAAUACAAUCCAAUUGCCAGUCGUACACUGUUUAAAUCGGUGCAUAGAACCAAAGUCCACCAUUUUUGUCAUGUUAAAUAAUCUCAUAUUUCUGAUAAUGGUUAUCUUAGCAGUCUAAAUAUUUUAUUGACAACCCCCAUCUGUUAUACAGCAGUUAAUCUCGCUUAAUAUUUAAAUGCAGGCUGAAUUCUCUUAUAUCCAACCUAUGCACAUUGCCCAAUUUAUAGAUACUAAUUUUUUUAUUUGUUUCCUACCAUUUGUUCCUCCUUUUAAGUUUCUCUUGCUUUUUUAUUCAUUUUCCUUUUUUGCAGUGUUUGCAAAACUUUAAAAAUAUGUAAGUUUUGUAAAGUUUCACUAUUAUUGUUGGUGGACAGCUAAAGUAUUCAAGCCAUACUGUGUAAAGCUUAGUAUAUAAUGGUUGAACGACUUUACCAACUAACUUCCAUCUGUUACUGACACUAACAAAAAUCUCUCUGUAAUAAUAGUAAUGUGGAUUGUAACAUUAUUUUUAAAACUGUGAAAUUAACUGGCUUGAAAUGGCCCACUUAAUGUGUCUUUAUUUUUUGUUUAAAUGUAAAACUAAGUAGUAUCUAAUAUUAGGUUGCUUGCUGUAAGUGGCUUUUGCAACCUAAUCCUUUGUAGGUUGCAACAGUAACUCUAUUCUGUUGGUUGGUCUUUUUUACAGAAAAAUCAAACAAAUGGAAUAUGGUAAAAAGUUAUCUUCCGUUAACAGUGCUAUUCAUAAAAGUUUUUGCAUGUUGUUUAUGUAAUUAAACCAUAGCAUGGUGAAAAUUAUGUCAGAAUAAAAGAACCAAAAACCAUGUA